UUUCAUCUGCCGCGAGAAGUGCCUGUCGUUUUCGGAGGUCUCCCGUACAAGUGGUGAAAAUUGUAGAAAAAAUCAGAUAAUCUGUUCAGUGGAGUCAUCAAAAGUCCAUUAGCAGCUCACAAAGACACAGAGGUAAUCGAUACUUGCGCAGACCAAGCUAAAGCUGGCCAUAAUUGAUGAGGACAGCUGAUGAGUAGCAAUCGGUCAAGCGAUAGAGAUCGUAUUACUGUGAAGAUACGUAACAUGAAACGUAGCGCCUCGCGCGACUCUCCACCAAGAUCUAAGAGGCGCGGAAGUAUUGGCCGUUACGAAGGAAGCUCGGACGAACGCGUAACACCGGACAGGAUGAGACGACGUGUUGCAAGAUCCCCUAGUCCACGUGGAGCAACCACCCGCUACGCUUCCCCUCACCGGGAAGAGUACACUCGAGGAGGACGUGAGAGUGGAACCGAACGAUAUUCGUACAAGGUACUGUGCGUAAGUGCUCUGCAUCCCAAGGCAUCUGACGAAUUAAUUAAAGAAACAUUGUAUCGGGAGUACAAGAAAUUUGGAGACUUUAGCAUUCGCAUUUCGCAUGAUUUAGACGAACGUGUAGCAUACGUUUGUUUUCGUACUUCGGAAGAUGCCCGGGAGGCGAAGCAUGCCAAGUCAAGGGUUGUCUUGUACGACAAAGUGGCACUUGUCGAGCCUGUUUAUGAAUCGGCCAAAUCCGAAUCGUAUCGUAGACCACGUUCUUCCUCGCCGCAGGAUUAUGACCGUCACUACUAUGCCCGUUCACCUGGAGUUCCACCACCGGAUCGUCGUCGUCCUGAUCAUCACCCGUACGAAGGAUAUGGACCACCACCCGGUCGUAUGCACCAUCCGGACUUCCGUCCACCGAUGCAUCACGAGUACAUGCCUCGUGGGCCACCGAUGCACCAUCAUGGACCUCCGCAUAUGCAUCCGGGACCUCCACAUCAUCACUAUAUGCCUCGUCCGUAUCUUCCACGCCCAAGGGCUCCAUUUGAGAAGACCGAUAAUAAGAAAGAUAAGUUCCCCAACUAUUUGCAUCAUGUUCAACCGGAGGAUGAUCCUCUAGCCACCAGGACAUUGUUUGCUGGUAACCUGGAAAUCAACAUAUCCGAUGACGAGUUGCGUCGAAUUUUCGGGAAGUAUGGCCUCGUAGAAGACAUCGACAUUAAGCGGCCGCCACCAGGCACAGGCAAUGCCUUUGCCUUUGUGCGUUAUCAAACCUUGGAUAUGGCUCAUCGUGCAAAAGUUGAGCUGUCGGGUCAGUAUAUAGGCAAGUUCCAAUGUAAAAUUGGAUACGGAAAAGCUACUCCGACCACUAGAAUCUGGGUAGGAGGCCUUGGCGCAUGGACAUCGGUUACUCAAUUGGAGCGGGAGUUUGAUCGAUUUGGAGCGAUCAAAAAAAUUGAAUACAACAAGGGAGAUACCCAGUCUUUCAUUCUGUACGAUUCUAUCGAUGCCGCUACGGCUGCAGUAAAGGAAAUGCGUGGAUUCCCAUUAGGCGCACCGGACCGUCGCAUUCGAAUCGAUUUUGCUGAUAAUGGUACGACACCUCCGUUCCCGAAACGAGGUGCAGGUUUCGAGGAAGGCGGUGAAUAUCGUCGUGCUCCAGAUUAUGAAUAUCCGGAAGGCGCACCGCCAUAUGAAGAGACCGCUAGCUAUGGCUAUGGAGGCAGACCUUUCCGUGGUCGAGGAGGAUUCCGCGGCCGUGGAGGUUUCCGAGGGGGAUUCCAUCGCGAUGGUCCUCCUCAUCACGGAGAUAAUGACGAGUGGCGCCGAGCACCAGCUGAUGGUGAUUACGAAUCUCGCCGUCGUUCCGGAUCGCGUGAGCCUGGUAUUGAUAGAUCUCGUUCUCGUUCACCUCGUCGGCGCAGUCCAGCUGAUUCUGACUCGGACUCUUCAUCUCGUAGAACUGGUAUGUUGUCGAACGCACGAACGCUACCAGAAGUUGCACGAAAAUCCACAACAGUAUGGCAGGGUGCUUUGAUCCUGAAGAGCUCACUGUUCCCAGCCAAGUUGCACCUUACGGACGGGGAUAAUGACAUAGUCGACAGUUUGAUGAAAGAUGAAGAAGGUAAACAUCACCUUCGCAUUACCCAGCGGCUUCGUCUGGAUCAACCCAAGCUGGAGGAUGUACAGAAACGUAUAUCGACUUCUUCGUCCCACGCUAUCUUCCUCGGGCUGCCGGGAUCGACAUCGUCCGUUGCGUCAUCGGAUGAUGCUAGUGUUCAAACACGUCCCUUGCGUAAUCUCGUAUCGUAUUUAAAGCAGAAGGAAGCCGCCGGCGUAAUUUCCUUGCUGAAUAAGGAAACGGAAGCAACCGGUGUGCUGUAUUCAUUCCCACCAUGUGACUUUUCAACAGAAUUGCUGAAACGUACAUGCCACAAUCUGACCGAGGAAGGGCUGAAGGAAGAUCAUCUGGUGAUCGUGGUGGUUCGAGGAGGAACCGCCUGAGUGGCAGAAGAAGGCACCGUUAGCACAUAAGGUGAAUAAUUAUUCUUAAGCUAAACUGUUCACAUAACCCAACGCGCGCAAGACCCAAUCAAUCAUCAUUAAAACACACUCAUUCGAUACAUCAGUUGCCCCCCUCUGCGCACACUACAAGAACACCAUCCAGCGAAGAAAGAAAGAAACUUCCGAUCCGACCGUGGUUUGCGACUGAGUGAAAAAGACGAAGACGGAAGAAUUGGUGAUACCGCAAUUGAAUCCGAAAUAUCCGUUUUGUGACCGUGCAACGAUGAUACUCUCUGGUGGCCCCGUGCGGAAGUGAUGAUGAUGGUGAUGAUGACGUUGAUGAUGAUGAUGAUGCUAGUGCGAAUUAAUAUCGGACUUUUGUGUAGCGAAUAGGCAACCAACGCAGUGUGAGUGGUUGGCGAUUGGAAAAAAAACAGCAGAAAAUGAUGACGUGCGCGCGCCAUUCGAGACACCGAACCGGAGUAGAGAUUGUGUGCAUCAGAUGAUGAUCAGUGGAAGUGUAACAACUAACGGUUGUUUGUAGUUUUCAGUAGAGAGGAAGAUUUAUGCUAUAAGAUGACUUGUAAUUCACCGUCGGAAAGAAGAGGCAUCUUCCCCGAGCCUCGCUCGAAAAUGUAUAAUUAGUUCAUACAUUGAGAUUUUUGUCACAGAGCAUUUUUCUCUGUUAUUUUAGCCGUUGAUUCAUAAUUUUUUAGGUCGGGGAAGAUGCCUUCAUUUCCGGGUUCCCAUUACCAGCGAGAGGAUGAAAGUGGUAAUGACACUGCAAAUGACCGAAGAGAAGAAAAAAAAAAAACAAGUAUUGAUGUUCAAAAUUGAAUGAAAUUGAAAAUGUUUUAAAGAAGAAACUGUGACAACUUUAAACAUUUCUAUUUAUGUAUCAAAACAGUUUAGUAAAGUAGCAGUAGUGGCAAAUGCAGAUCUAUAGAAACUUAUAAUGCAAUUUGAAUACCGUAAAACAAGCUUGAACAGAAACAAAACUUAAUAGAUUUCUAUUAUAUUCUACUACCCUUUCUUUGUGCAACAAAAGUUAUCGUAGCAGAAGAUCUUAAACCGUAUGUGUUUAGUGUUAAACUUCAUAUUGAAAACAUAAGCAUUGAAUGAAAAUGAUAAUGGUGUAUGCUGCUCUGACUAAAAAAAGGUAUCCCAAGUGAAUGAUGAUGUUCAGUUUAGUAUUGUUUUGUGAUUAUAUUUCGGUUUUUACUGUCCUUUAUGCUUUAACCAGUUUAUGAAAGGAAUAAUUGACGAAUAAGAGUUCGGUGUAAUCUUCUAUGUUUCAUGCUGAGAACUAUGAUAAUGGUUUGUGCAGCUAGUGUUUUUAAAACUGGUGGACUUGAAACAUCUUGGCACAAUUUAAAAGCAAUUUGUGCUCUUCAACUUUAAUAGCAACCCUUUUUGAUCAAGUGGGAUAGUGUUUGGCGGUUUAUUGAAAGUUUUCCAGUGCCAGUUUGUGACCGUGGUUGAGUAUUUUUGUGUUUGUGCUCUAGUUGUGAACAACUCUCCUUCAGAAAUCUAUUCUCGUGUUUUGUACCACCCAUGCCUUCUGGAUGUUUGUGAAUCAGACCAUGUGUAUUAUGAUGAUUCAUACAUACUACCCAAUUCCAUUUCUGCUGAGUGAUUGGUGAUUUUUGUGACUAUUUCAAGGGAUUCUCUUGAUCGGACGUGUUUCAGUGUAUUGAUGAUGCUAAUGUAAGUUUCUUCUAAAAUUUCCCUUCCAGUGAUAUUGAUGUGUGCCAAAACUUCAAUUGAGCUUCCUGUUUUGUGAGGAAAGUGUACAACUAUAAAGUGGGCUAGUGAUGAUUGUUGAAAUUUAAGUCAGUGUUUACACAGUGUUUUCCUAACACUGAUACUGCUGAACUUUUCCCUAAUGCGUUGAGAAUAGAAUGUAGCAUUUGUUGUUAAAAUUCUGAUUUUAAUAUUGGUUUUACAAAUGUUACUUUGUAUUGUAAAGCGCAGCAUCACGAAUGGCAGGUGGAUGCUACCAGUUUGAUCACCAGUAAUGAAAGUGAGAUUUUACUAAAGAAAAUGGAAGAGUUUUUGUUCUAUUGAGUUCAGUUUUGUUCUGUUUGAUUUCCAAUGGGAAGAAGUUGAAAAUUGUGACAGUGAAAUUUGGUUGAAUCAAAAAUAAAUUGAACUGAAAGUCGGUUGAUUCGUACAGCUGGCAGCUAAACGAUUAGGACUUACGGAAAUAAAUAUUCGGAAUGUAACAGUAGUUAUUCAUGAAAGCAAAAUGUACUAGAUCCUGAAAUAAAUAAAACAGUGUGCUUCGCAUUAA